AUGCCUUACAUCAUCGAUGCACGGACACAACAUGGCACUCAGUUGCGACCUACCACUGUUGUUCAUGAGCCGGAUGUUCGAUCGACAUUGGCGAACUGCUCGUGCUCCGAUGCCUCGAAUGGUCAAGUAAAGCAUGACUGUACAGUUGUCUCCUAUGUCCCUCAGGCUGCAGUAGCGCCUCGAACAGAUCCCGCCGGACGUAUCAUCGACCUGACGUGUAUGGGCUCGCAAUUCGAUGGACACUGA